AUGGCCUCCGGCGUCGGCGUUAACCCUGACUGCCUCAGCGCAUUCCAGCAGCUGAAGCUGGGCAAGAAGAUCAAGUAUCUCAUCUUCUCUCUCAGCCCAGACAACACCGAGAUUAUAGUCAGCAAGACGUCCGAUUCGAAGGAUUACGACGACUUCCUUGCGGACCUCCCGGAGACCGAGUGCCGAUACGCUGUUUACGACUUCGAGUACGAGAAGGAGGGUGCCGGCAAACGCAACAAGAUCUGCUUCUUCACAUGGUCGCCCGACGAUUCGAAAAUCAAGCAGAAGAUGCUGUACGCGUCGUCCAAGGAUGCAUUGCGACGUUCCCUCGUCGGCAUCGCGGCUGAGAUCCAGGGGACCGCGUUCGAUGAGGUCGCCUACGAUACUGUGCUGGACAAAGUCUCCCGAGGCAACUAG